UAUCCUGUCGGAAGUCGAACACUUGAUCCUGCAUCUCUCCCUUCCUCCGACAUCGCUCGCAGUGUCUUCGUCCCUUUUCGUGCAAAAAGAAUAACAGGAGGCAAGGGCAAUCAAUGACCAUUUCGAAUUCCCAGAAAGGAACAAAGGUCGGUAGGCAUUUCAGCUGGACGAAUAGAUUUGGGCGAUAAAAGAUGCGAGGAGUAAGGCGAUUGAUAGGGCUGAGCUCCGUUGCUUAGGUUUAGAUCCACUAGGAGUGUGGUGAGAAAAGAUCGAAGGUUGCUUGGCAGGGGGAUGAAGGUUGCGGUGGGAAGCCCUGGGACAUGGAGUGGGUUGCUGCUGAGGACCGGGCAAUGCGCCUUUGCAGGGACUUCCAUUGGGGUUAUGGUAUCCACAUUAGGGUUCUCCAACUACACCGCCUUCUGCUACUUAAUUGCUUCUAUGGGGCUGCAAGUUUUGUGGAGUUUUGGACUUGCAUGCCUUGAUGCAUAUGCCCUAAAGAUCAAAAGAGAUCUCCAUAACCCAGUUUUAGUUAGCUUAUUCGUUGUCGGUGACUGGGUAACAGCUACUUUAUCACUUGCAGCUGCUUGCUCCUCAGCUGGGGUCAUAGUCUUAUUUGCUAGAGAUGUGCACUUCUGCACAACAAUUCCUCAUUUUUCAUGUGGCAGCGAUGCUACCGAAGAGACUAAGGUGCUGCAGAAUUAGGGAGUGCUCUAGGUGAAGGAAAGUUUGAAUUUGAUGACAGAGGCUGACUGGAGUCGCCAGCAGCUAACCGGGCAUAAGGAGCUGAAAGCUUGUUCGUAGACACUAAACGCCCUACAUCAGGAGACUGCCUGCUUUUCUUGUAUCUGAUUAUUGCCCUGUAGGCUAAUGGAAGGAGACCCUCCAUUCUGAGUGAAUGAUGGAUGAACUCAACUGUUAAGGUAGAUGUUCAAGUGUUGCUUGGUUAUAGCAUUCUUUGAAGCAACGUUUGGCUGAGACAAAUUAAGUGAGAUUGCAUUUCAAAGGAUGUGGAGGUUGAGUGUGGAUGAUGAGUGGUUACUGAUCGCCUGUUAAAUAACAGAAAAUAAACAAUAUUAGUUCUGGAUGAAUUUAC